GUCAAAGUGCGUAAACGUCAAGUGAAUUGAUUAGACUUCUUGAUCGUUUCGGUUUUUCACGGCGGAAAGUUAGAGUUUAGGUUUAAUGGGUGCUUUAAUGAGUAGGCAGAAUGCGGCUAUCGAAGAAGCCGAUGUUGGAUCUAAUCACGCAUAUAAAUAUCCUCCGAAGUCAGGAAAUUACUUCGGAACCCAUUUCAUAAUGGGCGGGGAACGUUUCGAUACACCUCAGCCUGAGGCGUAUCUAUUUGGUGAGAAUGCCGAUUUGAAUUUUUUAGGCAGUCGCCCGACUGCGUUCCCAUAUCCUCCGCCUCAAGCUAACGAACCAACAAAAACUUUAAAAAGUUUAGUGAACAUUCGUAAGGAAUCGGUUCGUUUUGUUAAAACAUCAGAAACUAAUUUGAUGAAUAUUGAGUUCAUAUUUGACUCGGAUGCCAAAUGUGCAAUCACCAUCUACUACUUUUGCUCGGAGGAAGUUACUCCAAAUGGUGUUAUUCUGACUCCACGUGACCCAUCGCUUAAUUCUGAAACAUAUCGAUAUAAACGCGGCGUUACGCAAUCAUUUUCCCAGCCCACACACAUGUUUAAUCCCAAUCUGUAUUCGGAAGAAGAUCUUUGUUACAACCCAGAGAAAGAUUGCUAUCCAAUAGCGAUUCACUGUGUUGUUGAUGAAGGUGCUGAAGGUAAACAGUUGCGACAAUCACAUACGACCAUUUGCGUAGUGGAUCAUCAUGCUGACGGCACAUACGCGCUGCGAGCAUUAAAACAAAAAAUAUUUGUCGAUGGUCUUUGUUACCUGUUGCAGGAAAUCUAUGGGAUUGAAAAUAAAGCGAUCAACAAGCCAACGAUCGAUGAUGAUAGUGAUGAGAAUGGAAGUGAAUGUGUGAUAUGUAUGAGCGAAACUAGAGAUACUCUGAUACUACCUUGUCGUCACUUGUGUUUAUGUAAUUCGUGCGCUGACUCACUUCGAUAUCAAGCUAAUAAUUGUCCGAUAUGCCGAGCUCCAUUCCGAGCCCUUCUGCAAAUUCGUGCCGUUCAAAAGAGUUUGAAUACAACGAUUACGAACGCAGCUGCUCAGAAUCCUUCAGAUCCUAACUGCGAACACAUUCCCCCUGGAUAUACUCCUGUAUCUUUGAUUGAAGCAUUGAAUGGCCCUCCUGCGAUCACAGGACGAUCUCUUUCUAACGAUGGAUCAGAUACGUUGGACGCGGUUCAAGCCAUUGAAAUUCUCAAUAAAUCCCGAGAUAAAAACGAUAAACAAAGCACUCCCCGUGGUGAGAAACGUUCCAAGGAUAAAAAUUCUACUCCAGCAGAGUUUCGAAUGUCUGUGCUGCUAACAAAAGAGAAUGAGGAGACUCCAGCUGACACGGGUAGCAAACAACAGAAUGGAGUCGUACGCAAUGAUUGCGAGAAAGCGUCAAAAGAGAAGCUAUGCCAUAGUCGAAAUCAUAGCCGAGAAAGCGUUCAGAUAAUCAAUGAGCGCAACAAUUCAAAAAGAACGCAAUUAGAAGGGGAUGAAGACAGUGAUAAUGAAAAUUUGUCACCUCUUUUAAAUUCACAAACGCUGAAAGUGUCAAAUUCAGCUUUGCAUAUUGACGGCGUUGAAGAAUCAAUCGAUGACACCGACACAGACGCCGACGAUACAUCAGAAAAGGCUUCACAACGGAAAAGGAAUCGCCCUGCGCUUCCAGCUGAUGGUGAUGGGGUUAUAUUGGCUGGCGCUGAGGAUUCCGAUUAUUAUACACCUGAAGAUCCUCAAACUACUAUCCUAAGUCCUCUGUGCCCCGAGAAAUCUAAGGGCAGUGAAAAGACAAUUUCAAAAGAAAACGUAACUGUUAAAGCGCCAUCAACCACGACCAUAGCAUCAACAGCUCUCAAGGAAAACAUCAACUCCUUACCAGAUAGUCCAAUCAGUGGCAAUUCUUCGUCAACCCGAAGUUCAGGUGAUAGCUAUUCGUCCAGCUCAUCGACGAAACAAUUGCUAAGUAAGAGCCCACCGGUAAAUGAUGCAAACACAAAGAUCGUGUUGGAUGAUAAAUCGAACACAGUUACUGCCUGAUGUGCAACGAAAUAGGCUAGGAAUUGUGUCGCGCGAGCGCUUGAAUCUCUUCCAGCCUUUAAAUCUGACAUUACGACAUAUUCUACAUGAAAUAUAAAAUAUCUUAAUGGCAAUGGUAUAUAAAACAUAUUAUGUAGUGUACAAUCAGGGUUGAUCCUUUGAAUAUUAUUUUAGGAUACAUGUAAAGUGUAUAAACAUUAUUGCAAUCUGUAUAGUUAUACCUAGUUUAAAAACUACAAAUACAUAUUUUUGUUAGCUUUAAUCAAA